GCCGAGUUGCUGCAACCGGCAAUCGGACGCCCGCUGCCGUCAGCCCACCGCCCUGCCGUCUUAUCCGUCCAGAUCUGCCGCCGACGUGACAUCACGAUCUGGAAGCAAGUAUCGGUAACCGGAAAGAAGGGAAGCUGUGACCGUGAAUGUCGGACCUCGCCCGCCGUCGACCACUCAAUCGCACGACCGUCCAGUCCGCCAAGAGUCGCCGCCGCCUUGACGUCACGGGUUGAAAAUAGAUCCUCGUCGUCGGUGAUGAGCUGUUGUCGUGGACGUCGGACUUCCGUGGCGCUCGACGGAAUAAUGACCGCGCCGAACUGCGGCUUUCAGGCCAACAGAGGCGGCCGUGAACGCUGGGACCGUCGUAGUGCUCGACGGCACGGUGGCCGGGCCGGGAGGCAGAUGGACUUAUCCUCCAAUAUAUAUCCGCUUUAUCCAUUAAACUGGGUCCAGUAUAAUAUCUUAUAUCAUCACCAGAGACAUCAGAUUCCAUAUUUAGUUGCCAACCCUAAUUUGCACAAGCCGAAAGAGAAAAAGAAAACACCUUUCCAACCCCUGAUGGAAUUAAACUCUUCCCCAAGAGAAUUCAAGCCUCCCCUCAAGAGAAUUCAAGCUCCCCUAAGAGAGAAUUUUAGACUUCUUUUUGUUUCAGAAACUAAAACUGAAGGUGAUUCAAUUGUUGUCACACAUA